AGGUAGCAACUCGCGAUGGUCAGGAAAUUCUACGAAAAGAAGAAGCCGAACAAGAAAUCCAAUAAAAAAGAUGCACAAAUCUCCCAAAAAUUAAGCUCCAUCCCAUUAGGUGGAGGCUCACGUCUGAGCACAAACAGUGUGGUAAAUCCGUAUUCAAGAUUAAUGGGUGGACAACCAUAUCCGAAUCUUCACUCCUCGUUAAGACCAGAUUUAAUGAGAAAUCCUCAACCCUAUGGCACAAUGAGAUCACCACAACCAACUAUGGGGCCCGUCCCACCUUACGGUCAGCCUUUGAACAACUCUGUGUUUGGUAGUUCACAGUUUCCACUGCCACCAAUGCCAGUUCCAAACCUGGUAAACGUGCAGAAUGAUCUAGCGUUUAAUAACUACAUCCGACAUCUCUCCCAACAGCUGAACGCUUCAAUCCCAGGAUUGCCUGGAGUCGCUCCAUUACAGCUACCAGUGCCACCAGGACCUUUCAACUUUCCUGCACUACACCAACAGUUGGGAGCACCAAACAACAUUUUUCAGAGACCUACGUUUCCAACUCAAGAAGAGUAUAAUUUAUGUUUUCUUCCGUACACUCCUGAACGCUACGAAGCACUCUUGAGAGCUCACAAAAAUCUGAAGCUUCCAGGGAGACUAGUCUUGCAAAAAAUCUGAAAAAGUAGUAUCUUUCUACGUCCUUGUUUUAUUUCAACUUCUAAAAACAAAAAUAAAUUCCAAUUUCCAAAAUCAAAUCUUCGCGUUUGUCAUAUUAUGAUACAUUAGCGUUCAAAUUUUCACAUUUGUUGUAUGAAUUCUGAUAAAUGAAUGUGUAUUGAAAAUAUU